GUCAACACGUGUUGGGUGGUGUCCCGUCUUCUACUCCCGUCCCGCGAAUUGCUCAGCACCCACAUAGGGCAAACAAAGUCGCAUGAUUCCAAUGAUAUGUACCGUUGCAAGACAAUAUCCAUGUAUUGUUUUUGUGCCCUGCUGGCUAUCGGGAGCGAGCUCGAGUACGGAUACUGCCGCAUGUCUGCAGAAUGCCUUCAAGGGCUGUCAAUCCGGGAUUCGUGUACAAUAUCAUCCUACUGAUGAGUUGGAACCCUCAUGUGCAUUUGGGGGUUCCAUCAAGUGUCGUUUAUUUGGCGGGAUGAGGGGAAAGGUGGGUUCAAUGGCUCUGUUAUGCAUGCCACUAAUGUCUUGAAUGUGGUUUUAUCUGUAUAUCAAUGAGACAUC